AUGACCGACAAAGUGCUCGACGACAUUUCGCAUCGUCGCUACAACCCGCUCCACGGCUCUUGGCUGCUUGUAUCGCCUCACAGGACAAAGAGGCCAUGGCAAGGACAGCAAGAGGCUCCAGCCCUCAACAAGCUUCCUGAGUAUGAUCCCCAGUGCUACCUUUGCCCCGGCAACAAGCGCGCCCAAGGCGACUCCAACCCGCACUACAAAAGCACAUUCGCCUUCGUCAACGACUACAGCGCCGUCAAAGAGGAACAGCAAGAGUACCACCCUCAGAAGGACGCCGCCGGUGAUGGCGACGAUGACAUUGCCUCUCUCCUCCUGCAAGCGCAGCCCGCCACAGGCCGGUGCUACGUGCUCACCUUCUCCGCCAAGCACGACACCACUUUGGCGGACAUGAGCGCGACCGAGAUCGUACCCGUGAUCGAGACCUGGACGCGCAUCUACGCCAGCCACCUGUCUGCCUUGCAUCCGCUCAGGGACGCCGCCGCGCGCUCGCUCUGCGAAAUUCCGCCUAACCCAGACGGCGAAGUCGAGCCCGCGAAAAAGCAGCAGCUUCGGUACAUGCAGAUCUUUGAGAACAAAGGCGCGGCCAUGGGCUGCUCGAACCCGCAUCCGCACUGCCAGAUCUGGACGACGAGCACGCUGCCCGAGGAGCCGGGCAAGGAGCUGGCGCAGAUGACCAAGUACCACCGUGAGCACAAGGGGAGGCAUCUACUGGAGGACUACGUCAAGGUGGAGAUGGCCAAGGGCGAGCGUGUGGUUUGGCAGAACGACGGGUUCUUGGUGGUCUGUCCUUGGUGGGCCGUCUGGCCGUUUGAGGUGCUCGUCAUUGCGAAGAGACAUGUGCGCGCGCUGGUGGAGCUUACGAGUGAGGAGAGGCUGCAGUUUGCCGAGGCGGUGCAGGAGGUUACGAGAAGAUAUGAUAACUUGUUCGAGACAAACUUUCCGUAUAGCUCGGGUAUUCAUCAGGCGCCGUUGGAUUGCACAGAGGAAGAGGCUGAGACGAGCUGGUUCCAUAUGCAUUUCUACCCUCCUCUUCUUCGGUCUGCUACCGUGCGCAAGUUCUUGGUCGGGUACGAGUUAAUGGCUGAGCCGCAGAGGGACAUCACUCCGGAGCAAGCGGCUGCGCGACUCAGAGACUGCGGUGGUGAACUCUAUCGCAAGUCGUUGCAGUAGUGGAACUGUAUGAUACGCUUGCUUCGCUUCUUGACCGAAAAAGGGUAUUAAUUAGUAGUACAUCUUCCAAAGCCUAUGGUCGGAGU